AUAAUAAUCGUAGAAAAAAAAUACCUUUUAAAUGUCAGGAAAUUUAACAUGUUCGGGCCAGUGCCAGACAGGGCCGUCCUUAGGAAUUGCCAGUUCUUUAGUGUCGACUUUAUUGCAAACAUUAUUAACAGCUCAAUGUAUUCUCUCACCACCUGAAAUGUUGCCUAGGGAUUAUGGUAACGAUUUUCUUAACCAAGGAUUAGGACCCUACGAUUUCGUUGUGAUUGGUGCUGGAACUGCAGGCUCAGUUAUGGCAAGCCGACUUAGCGAGAAUCCAAAUUGGAAGGUUUUACUACUUGAAGCAGGAGGUGAUCCUCCACUUGAAUCAAAGAUUCCAGCAUUGUUCUUUACAGUGGAACACACUGAAUUUAAUUGGAACUAUUUCACCGAGCCCGAUGGCAAAAGUUGUUUGGCCAUGAAAAAUCAAGUUUGCUAUUGGCCAAGAGGGAAAAUGAUUGGUGGCACAGGUGAAAUAAAUGCAAUGCUUUAUGUUCGUGGCAAUCGGGAUGAUUAUGACAAUUGGGAACGCAAAGGAAACACCAAUUGGUCGUGGCAAAAUGUGUUUCCUGCAUUUGAAAAGUCUAUUCUUCGAGGUGCACAAAAUGGUUCAGAAGCUAGAGGAGGAACUAUUGUUAAUCCAUUUGAAGUAAGUUUGUCUGAAAUUCGUGAAAUGCUUUUUGGUGGAGAUGAGGCAUUGGGACUGCCGCAAUUGGAGGUUGUCCAAGAGGGAGCUGAUAUUGGAUUUGCAGCAAUGCCGGGAACCAUUGCAAAUGGACAACGAGAAAGCACCGGAAAGAGUUAUCUGGCAAGGGUAAGUGGCAGACCAAAUCUUCAUGUGAUCAAGAACGCUGUUGCCACAAGAAUCAAUUUCGACCAAGAAAAAAAUGCUGUAACUGGAGUCAACUUCGUUCAUCGAGGUCAACAUGAAUUCACAGUCAAUAUUACCAAAGAAGUGGUGCUGUCCGCUGGAACUCUUAAUUCACCAAAACUGUUGAUGCUUUCGGGUGUUGGACCGAAAAAACACUUGGACAGCCUAGGCAUCCCAGUUGUGAGGGAUUUACAUGUCGGGGACAAUUUGCAGGACCAUGUGGCAAUUCCUGUCGUAUUCAAAAUAAAUCACAGUAAAGUUCAACGUGAGACAAUGAAGGACCGACUAGAUGCUACUUAUAGCUACCUGCUCAACCAAACAGGACCCUUGGCAAGUCACGGUGUUGCCUCAGUUACUGGAUUCAUAAACUCCGACCUUACUUCAGCAAGCCCAUAUCCGGAUAUAGUGUACCAUCAUCUCUUCAUGCAAAGUGGAUCUUCAAACUUGGAUAUUUGGUUUGAUGCCAUAAGAUUGUCUGAUCGAGUUGCCCAGAGUAUCCGUAGGGUUUUUGAAAAUGAACACAUUAUGAUAGUUUAUGUUAAGCUCUUGAGGCCAAAAUCAAGAGGUAUUCUACGCUUGAAAAGUUCCAACCCAAACGAUUCUAUGAAGAUAUUUUCGAACUACUUUGACCACCCUGACGAUGUAGACACCCUGUUGCGUGGAAUCGGGUUUCAAAUGCUUUUGGAACAGACCUUAGCAUAUCGGGAGCAAGAAGCAGAGAUUGUUCAAUUCGAUUUACCGGAAUGUAACCAAUUCGCGUUCAAAAGUGAAGAAUAUUGGAAGUGUUAUAUGAAAUUUAUGACAACAACGCUAUAUCACUUCGUGGGAACUGUCAAAAUGGGACCCGAUACAGAUCCAGGGGCUGUUUUGGAUACACGAUUGCGAUUAAGGGGCGGAAUAAAGGGACUACGGGUUGUUGAUGGUAGUAUUAUGCCAGACAUUGUAAGUGGAAACACAAAUGCGCCAAUUAUAAUGAUAGCUGAGAGAGCAGCUGAUUUUAUCAAAGAAGAGUAUGGCCAAUGUUGAAGGCGAUGAUGAAGAGGAGAACAAGUUGACAAAUGGAAGUUAAAAAAAUUUAAUAAAAAGAUCAUGCAUAAGAAGAAAAUGCGUUCCUCAUUACUUU